AUGGGUAGCCAUAUAACAACUGUAAAAAUGAAUUCCUUCAGAAAAAACACAAGUCCUUUAUUGAAUGUAACGCUUUCCAAAUUGAGGGAUUAUCAUGCUUCUUUUAAAUCAAUAUGUGACAACUUCUCAAUGGACUUGUCAGAAUUUGAACAUAUAUUUGGAGCUAGUGAAAGUGCCUUUGUUAUUUGGGAUACAGAUAAUAAUGGCUUAAUAGAUAGUUUAGAAUUAUUUAGUGGUAUUUGUAUAUUUAGUGAUACUAAAUUCGAUGAUAAGAUUAGAUUUCUCUUUGAUUUGUUUGAUUUCAAUGAGUUGGAAUCUUUAUCACCUACUGACAUUGAAUUCAUGAUAUACUGUUGCAUGAGUGCCACUUUUAAAAUAUACUCUAUUUCAAGUGAAAUCAACAAUGAAGAAUUGACUGUGUUUGCCACUAAAUAUUUUGAAAAGGAGAAUAGAUUAACUGUGGUUGAAUUGAUCAAAGCAUCGAAGAAUUCUCCUGAAGUAAACGACUUUUUCUAAAUCAUCAAGAAGGAUUUAAUUGAGAAGGUUGAUGAUGUAAAAAUCCAAUAAUAACAAUAAUAAUAAUAGUUUUGAUAUGAAGUAUACUUAUAAAAUCAUAUACAGUAUUCCACUA